CAACAUUUCAGGACUCUUGGCUUGUUGGUCAAGCGUCUGGAGAGGGGAGGGAAGGCCGAGCAGCAGGGCCUCUUCCAGGAGAACGACUGUAUCGUCCGUAUCAAUAACGGAGACCUGCGAAACAUCCGAUUUGAACAAGCCCAGAACAUGUUCCGUCAGGCCAUGCGCUCUCCGGUCAUCAUGUUCCACGUGGUGCCAUCGUCCAUGAAGGCCCACUACGAGCAGCUGUCCCACACAGAGAAGAACCCGGCGUACUUCUCGGGUCGUUUUAGCCCCGACUCCGUGAGCGGCAGCACCGUCUCCGGGAUGGACCACACGCCGCAGAGGAUGUCCCGACACGGUUCCCAAACCCACCCGCACUCCCAUCCGCAUCCUCAUUCCCACGCUCAUCCGGAACAGAAUGACGGCUACCCACCUCUGACGCACCCGGCGGUGUCUGCGGCCAAGCCUCCGACGGGUCACACCCACUCACCGCAGAGGGGGCUGAAUGCCACGCCAACGGGGGGGUAUGCCAAAAAGGUCGGGAGGAGGCUCAACAUCCAGCUAAAGAAAGGUCCCGAGGGACUCGGCUUCAGUAUCACGUCACGGGACGUCCCCAUCGGCGGCUCGGCACCCAUCUACGUAAAGAACAUACUGCCUCGGGGAGCUGCCAUCCAAGAUGGACGCCUCAAGGCAGGAGACAGGUUGCUGGAGGUGAAUGGUGUGGACCUAAAUGGGCGGACCCAGGAGGAGGUGGUCUCUCUGCUCAGGGCCACGCCCAUGGGUGGUGCCGUCGGGCUGCUGAUCCUCCGCCAGGAAGACACCUUCCUCCCCCGAGAAGUGAACGCUGAGCCCCAGAUGCAAAGCCCCAGAGAUUCGCAACCAAGGCAGCCGGUGAUAGCCGGGAAACCCCAUUGGCUGAUUGAGAAGACGGAGGAGGAUGAACUGGUCCUGACUCCAGAUGGGACCAGGGAGUUCCUGACCUUUGAGAUCCCCCUCAGCGACUCGGGUUCAGCAGGUCUGGGUGUCAGCGUCAAAGGCAACCGCUCCAAGGAGAACCACGCUGACCUGGGCAUCUUUGUCAAAUCCAUCAUCAACGGAGGGGCAGCCUGUAAGGACGGGCGGCUUUGCGUGAACGACCAGUUGAUCGCUGUCAACGGCGAGUCGCUCUUGGGCAAAACCAACCAAGAUGCCAUGGAGACGCUGCGCAAGUCCAUGUCAACGGAGGGCAACAAACGUGGGAUGAUCCAGCUCAUUGUGGCCAGACGAGUGGCCAAAAGAAACGAGGAGACACCAGGCAGCCCGCUGGGACCCCAGCAGACCAUGAACACCUCUCUGGACGACCACGAGCGCAGAAUCUCUCACUCCCUGUACGGUGGCCUGGAGGGUCUCGAUGACAACUUGAUGCCACGACAAGGAAUGAUGCCGCGCACCAUAGGAAACUACCAGCUCUCACCGACCGUCAACAUGCCACAGAACGACACCGUGAUCAUCGAGGACGACCGGCCGCCGCUCCUCCCGCCUCACCUCUCCGACCAGUCGUCAUCCAGCUCCCACGACGACGUGGGCUUCACGGCUGACACGACGCCUCCGUGGGCCAAAGCGCCGCCCGCUCAGAAUGACAGCUCCGUGAUUCCAGAUGAAAAUAAUCCAGAUGGUGCGUUCCGGAGGGAAGGCUUUGGCCGACAGAGCAUGUCGGAGAAACGCACCAAGCAGUUCGGAGACGCCUCGCAGCUGGAGAUCAUCAAAACACGCAAGUCCAAGAGCAUGGAUCUAGUAGCCGAUGAGAUUAACCUCACCCCUCGUCCUGAGAUCGACGCAGGUUCCUCCACAAAGGAUGUGGGCCCCUCGCUCGGCCUAAAGAAGUCCAGCUCUCUCGAGAGCCUGCAGACAGCUGUUGCCGAGGUAACGCUCAACGGCGACCUCCCCUUCCACAGGCCACGCCCCCGCAUCAUCCGGGGGCGUGGCUGCAACGAGAGCUUCAGGGCCGCCAUCGACAAGUCCUACGACCGACCGGCCCCGACGGAGGAGGACGACGAGGGCAUGGAGACGCUGGAGGAGGACACGGAGGAGAGUUCACGCUCAGGAAGAGACUCUGUGUCCACGAUGGCCGACCAGACGCCGCUCUCUGGCACAGAGAAGCCCCUGGUCAACGGCACCAACCGCACCAAAGAGGAGAAGAAGAAGGACAAAGAGAAGGGAGGGAAGGAGAAGAAGAAGCAUGAGGGAGGGAAGGAGAAAGACAAAGGAGAAAAAGGAGACAAGGGAAAAGCCAAGAAGGGCAUGCUGAAGGGACUCGGAGACAUGUUCAGGUGA